AAUACCCAGCAUUGCAAUUCUCUCAUAGUCCUUCCUGGAGGAAAGGACCCCAAGUGUCCCCCCAAAUUCCUGUGCAGAUAGAGCUGAGGAGGGGGAGUACCGCAGUAGCAGGGCUGGGAAAGACCGUGGCAGGGAAACCUGUCCUUACCCCCACUUCGCCUCUACUGUAAAUAAACCCCGAGCCAAAGGGCUCAUCCGUCUCCUUAAACAGCCAGUAAACUUUAUAUGACACAAUAUCUAAUAGUAAUUUAUUGGGGAGAUAUUGUAAAUUCCAACGGUUUUAGUUAAUAAAGGAGCUAAUUAAAGAGGGACAGGCUGUGCUUGGCCAGCUGUUGGCGAGAAGAUAAUACAUCUGGGGGGGGUGGGUGCAUGGUGCAGAAGUGUGUAUGUGCGGGGAUUUUUGGUGUGGCUUUUUCCCUUUUGCCCCGGGUCGGGCGAUUGACUCACUGUCUGCAUUAGGUUUUAUGGUAUUUUUAAAAACCAGAAACCAGAGACUAAAUCUGCCCCCGAGUUUUGUCUCUCCCCCCCCCCACCCCAGAGUGGGGAAGGGGGAAGUUGGAGUUGGUGCAAGGUGGGGGGAUUCGCUGUCCCCACCCAUCCCCCUGGCGGCGGCGCCCACGUGAGCCGGAUGGCCAAUGGGUGGCCGGUGCAGGUUUAACUAUGUUUAAUGUCAGAUAGCAAUAAAGUAGAAGCUGCCGGCCGGGCCCCGCGGAAAUGGGCGAGCAUAAUCUCCUGAAUCCCGGGUUUGUGGGGCCGCUGGUGAACAUCCACACGGGAGACACGUUCUACUUCCCCAACUUCCGCGCGUCCGGGGCGCAGCUGCCAGGGCUGCCUUCGCUGUCCUACCCGCGCCGUGACAACGUGUGCUCGCUGCCCUGGCCGUCGGCGGAGCCCUGCAAUGGCUACCCGCAGCCCUAUCUCGGCAGCCCGGUGUCGCUCAACCCGCCCUUUGGCCGCACGUGCGAGCUGGCGCGCGUGGAGGACAGCAAGGGUUACUACCGCGAGCCGUGCGCCGAGGGCGGCGGGGGCCUGAAGCGUGAGGAGCGCGGGCGCGACCCGGGCCCAGGAGUCGGGCCGGGGGCGGCGCUGCUGCCGCUGGAGCCGUCGGGGCCCCCUGCGCUCGGUUUCAAGUACGACUACGCGGCGGGCGGCGGCGGCGGCGACGGGGGCGCGGGACCCCCGCACGACCCGCCCUCGUGCCAGUCACUGGAAUCCGACUCCAGUUCGUCCCUGCUCAACGAGGGCAACAAGGGCGCCGGCGCCGGCGACCCGGGCAGCUUGGUAUCGCCUUUAAACCCCGGCGGCGGGCUCUCGGCCAGCGGCGCGCCCUGGUACCCGAUCCACAGCCGCUCCCGGAAGAAGCGCAAGCCCUAUUCGAAGUUGCAGCUGGCGGAGCUGGAGGGGGAGUUUCUGGUGAACGAGUUCAUCACGCGGCAGCGCCGGAGGGAACUCUCAGACCGCUUGAAUCUUAGUGACCAGCAGGUCAAGAUCUGGUUUCAGAACCGGAGAAUGAAAAAGAAAAGACUUCUGUUGAGGGAGCAAGCUCUCUCCUUCUUUUAGGCGGCAAGACACGGGCACCGGCCCCGGACUGAGCCUGUCUCUGGCAGGGAGCAAGAGGGGGCGCUGCCUGGGACCCAGUCCCCGCUUAGAACGCCAGGCAUCUCUGGCAGGCCCUCCCUGGACAUCCUCUUGUCUGUUUUGUUUGUGGUUCCCUCCCACACACCCCCAGCAGGCCCUGCCAAGUCUCAGAGAGAAGGGAAGAAGCCAGCCAAGGAGAGAGGAAGCCCACAGCUGCAGGCAGGGGAUAGGGGCAGGGAAGGCUGAGGUGCUGGGGAAGGACUGGUUUGCAGUGGGACCGGGGCACUGGGCCCGGGGCUGAGGAGCUGGAGCAAAGGUAAUCCAGGCACCCCCCUCCCACCACUUUCCUUCCGUGGUCGGAAGUCAACCUGCAGUAGGCAAAAGUGGGGACAGUGGAACCGAGGCUCCCCAAACUCCCAGCGGUUGGGGUUAGGAGAGGUGGAGAGGAGGGAGCAAGAGUGGAGCGUGGGCGGAGAGAUUGGCAGGGGUCAGCGUAGCUAUGCAAGGGCAGGAGGAAGUGGAGAAACCUGGGAGGAAGUGCGGUUUGGGAGAACAGAGUGAUCAUUAAUGCCCGGUAAAGUCCGCUGGGGUCUGGUCCUCUAGGCCUGGAGGCCGAGGCACAGGCGUUUGACAGAGCCGGCUGCGGACAAGGCGACCAUCAGCCUUAAGUCCUCUCUGGGGCGGGCUGCCUGAAAAGUCUCCUGGUCUCCAGCCUUCUCCCGACGCCUCUGCCCGCCCAUUCGCUCGCAGGUGUGCUGCCAGGCACUCUUCCUGCUGCCUAGGCGGCUGCGGACCGGAAGCCGCAAGCGCGGAAUUGAGAGCCCAGCGGACGCAGCCUCGGGCAUAGUAGCCACCCCAGGGACCCCCACCUGGCCCUCCAGGAAGCCCAAGAGGCUGUGAAAGAGUCUGCGAGGCGCGGCAUUGAUUGGCCGGGAGAGUUUCUGGCAGCCGCGGCUACCGCCGCUGAUUCUCCCUUCCCCGCUGGCGUUCACGGUCACGGCCGGCCAGAGGCUGGACCGGCAUAAUUUACGAGGCAGGAGGAGAAUCUGCCCCUAAAGGGGCUACCGGCCGCAGAGGCCCCUGCUCAGCCCUGGUUUCCCAGGCUGGUGACAAUGAAGGAGGGGGGCGCUGCAGUCCCCCACACAACUCCUUUCUCUCUUUUACCCACCCCCAUUCCACCCGCCCCCCCCACCCCACAACGUCGCCCUUUGUCUCAGGAUCCUCUGCCUCCGCCUCCCCCUGGCCGGCGAGGCGCCGAGUACAAGGACCAGAGCUGAAGGAGGGACACAUCCUCAGAACCGGUGGGAAGCCAAAGAGUGGCUUCUUCUGCAGAGGGCCUUUUAUUCAAAGCCCCCUUCAGGCCCCAGCCCCAGCCCACUAGAUCUAGGCUGGCUUAGGAGAGAGAAGCAGUGGAGACGCUCGGCACCUUCCUGCACUCCGUUUUUAUCCCUCUUGGUGAGAGUUCCCCCGACUUCCCCUCUGCCCACCCACCCACCCUUGCAGGAGCAAGAAGGGCAGAAACAGGGAGCUGAUGAGAGUUAAGCCCAGCCUGGACACUGUGAACUGGCCUGCCAGCUUGGGAGUUCUUCCUGCCCUGGAAGAGUCUCUCCUAACACCCCCUCCAAUGGCAAUCCACAGAGCCUGCCGCUCUCCCACCAGCACACAGCGUCAAGUCCCUGGACAAGACUGUGCAGAGGCAUGGGCAAACGCAGGCACAGCGGAGCCCAGCACCCCCACUGGUCCCCCCCCACCCCCCCCACCAGUACUUGUAAGCAGGCAGCCUCAUGUCCCCAAAUGCAGCCCUGCAGAGUGGCGGUACAAUCACAUGCCCUCAUCGCCACUGGGCACCUGCCACACUUCCCCACCGACAUAAACUUGUUUCACCCAUAUACAACAAGUUCACAGAAAUCAGCGCCAUUCCUGCUGUCUGCACAAUCCCUUGUGGGCUGGCCCUGAGUGUGAGGCACUCUCCCCUUUGCCUGGUCACCCAUGUACCCCUUCAUGCAGCCUCUCCUGUGACCUUGUGGGCUCUGGGGUGCUGGAUUCAAGCUUCACCCCUCCAGCCUGACUCCCACAGCCUACUAGAGAAGAGAGACCAGAACACUCCAAAGGGGGUGGGGGUGUAAAGAUAUGCAAUAUUCUCUUCCUGUCGCUUUAAACUUGACUUCCGUGAGCUUCUCUGUCAAUCUGUGUCCUGUUCUCUGUGUCCCUUGCUAGUACCUAGUCUAGUCUCUGUGGGUAGAUGCCCUCCCCAGCUCUCUGUAGUGUGCCCUCCUAGUCAAACGUCUGUCUUUAGCACGUUUUCCCUUUAUAGAGUCCUUGUACAGAGUUGCUUCAUCAUAUUAAUAUUAAUAAUAAUAAUUAAAACAUGACUGAAUGAUGAUGUGAUUUUUUUGAGAAAAAAAAUUUGAACUGGGUCCCCAUACAUGGUCUUUUCUGCCUAGAAAGAAUGGGAUUCCCAGGCUCCUGACUGUCCCCUACUUUAUUUUCUCCAGUUCAGGUGAAUAAUAAAAAUGAUAAGUGUAUAAUAAUAAAGGAAGAACGGUGCAGGGGCAACAAAAAACAUACGAGCAACCAAGAUCUGUUCAUGAGCUGCCGU